AUGUCGUCCCCUGAGAAGAAGAGAAAGAAGAAUACGGCGAGGACGAAGAAUCCGUCACUUAAACGAUCGCCGUUGCUCCCACCGACCCCGCAAUCAACCCCAAAUCCGACACUUCCCGAUGAUGUGCUACUGAGCUGCUUCGCACGCGUCUCGAGAUUGCACUAUCCGAGUCUCUCCCUCGUCUCCAAAAGCUUCCGUUCUCUCCUUUCUUCACUGGAGCUUUACCAGACUCGCUCCCAUUUACACCGCACGGAGAGAUGUCUCUAUGUCUGCUUAUCGCUCCCUCCUGACCCUAACCCUCGCUGGUUUACUCUCUGCCGGAGACCUAAUCGAAACCUAACCAAGAAGAGGAAGAAGAAGCAAAGUAGCAACCUUUUGGUUCCAAUCACAUCUCCUCACUCUACUCCCGUUAGGCCUAGCUUCGUCGUCAUCGGUUCUGAAAUCUACGAAAUCGGCGGACUCGUCAAUGGCGCGGCUUCCUCUACCGUCUCGGUCUUUGAUUGCAGGUCUCACUCUUGGCGCAAAGCUCCAAACAUGCUUGUGGCCAGGGAGCAACCAUACGCCAAGGUCAUCGAUGGAAAGAUAUACGUUAGAGGUCUUGAGGACUUGGUAGAGGUUUUCGAUCCAAAAACCCAAACUUGGAAUUACGAAUCUACAGAAUGGAAAUCACUGGAUGAUUAUUAUGGAAUUGUAUCGGAUAGGUUUUUUGGAAUGGCAUCGCGGACGUCUUCUAGUUGCGUGAUAGAUAGCGUGUUGUAUUCCUAUUAUAAGGGAGAGUUCAAAUGGUAUGACAAAAAGGUAACUGACUGGAGAACCUUGAAGGGUUUAUGGUACAGUCUGCCUGCGUUUUUCUCUUGUUCGACUACAUCUAGUCAGAUUCAGUUGGCAGAUUAUGGUGGAAAGAUGGCGGUUUUAUGGGACAGACAUGAUCGUUCUAGCAACUGUAAAGGAAGAAAAGUUUUGUGUGCUGUGGUCACGCUUGAAAGGCGUACUAGUGAAGAGAUUCGGGGGAGAGUCGAGUGGUCUGAUGACUCUGAAGCUGUGCUUAAAGUCCCUGGGUCUGUUGCAUUCGUGGGUGUUGUUGCUGCUACUCUUUGA